GGUGCUGUCAUCAUAUUUUCUAGGCUUGAGUAGCGAGGACGGGGAGGGCGCACUGGUUACUAGUCAGCGGAGUGCGGGUAGCACGGCGCAAGGCAGGAUAUCUCCAUAGACACAGACCACCAUGCCCUCUCUGAAGGGUACCGUUGCGGACUGAACCAGGAAAGAAAAACGGCGCGGGGUUUUUUUUGGGAGCCAGCGUGACUUGAAUACCUUGGAGUUGUAGUAACAUGUGAAAUACGCCACCGCACCCCGUUCGUUUGUUAAGAAGUUAUUAACGUUUCCGUUUGGUGGGGCAAAGGUGCCCACUCGUAAUACUCGAGGGAACACAAAUGCUGUUGCGAAGUGGAGGCUGAAAUCCAAUGAGAUCUAUCUUCAUGCCUGACGAUCCAGCUGUGAAAAGGAUUAUAUCUGUUAUGUGGAUAAAACUGGAACCUUGCACUCAUCUAUGUGGAUGUGAUGUUUUACCCAUAACAAAAUAACUACACUGACAAAGCUCUUGGACUUAACCUUUAAUCUAUUUUCUUUGAAAAAAAAAAUCUAACUAAAAUGGCAAGAGAGACUUUCAACCUUUCCGCAGCGGCUUGGCUCAGUUGUGUGUCACUGCUGGUGGCGUUGUGCGGACGACUGUCCUCCGUCCAGGCCGCAGAGUGUCCUCAGCUGUGUGUGUGCGAGAUACGCCCUUGGUUCACCCCCCAGUCCACCUACCGAGAAGCCAUCACCGUCGACUGUAACGACCUUCGCCUGACGCGCAUCCCCGCCAACCUGUCCACCGACACGCAGGUGCUGCUGCUGCAGAGCAACUACAUCUCCCGGACCAGCGAGGAGCUGGAGCAGCUGUACAACCUGACCGAGCUGGACCUGUCCCAGAACAACUUCAACAGCAUCAAGGACGUGGGCCUGACCAAUAUGUCCCAGCUCACCACGCUCCACCUGGAGGAGAACAAGAUCGCAGAGAUGCCCGACUUCUGCCUGCAGGACCUGACGAAUCUGCAGGAGCUGUACAUCAACCACAACCAGAUCACCAGUAUCUCACCGAGUGCUUUCGCCGGGUUGAACAACCUGCUGAGGCUUCACCUGAACUCCAACAAACUCAAGACGAUCGACAGCCGUUGGUUCGAGUCAACGCCAAACCUUGAGAUACUGAUGAUCGGCGAGAAUCCGGUCAUUAGCAUCUUGGAUAUGAAUUUCAAGCCUCUUGUGAACCUGCGGAGCUUGGUGCUCGCAGGGAUGAAUCUGACCGACGUCCCGGGGAACGCCUUUAUCGGACUGGGGAACUUGGAGAGCCUUUCGUUUUACGACAACAAGCUCGUCAGGGUGCCGCAACACGCUCUCCAGAAGCUCCCCAACUUGAAGUUUUUGGACUUGAACAAGAACCCCGUUCACAAAAUCCAAGAGGGGGACUUCAUGAACAUGAUGAGGCUGAAAGAGCUCGGCAUCAACAACAUGGCCGAGCUGGUGUCCAUCGACCGCCACGCCUUGGACAAUCUCCCCGAGCUCACAAAGCUCGAGGCCACCAACAACCCAAAGUUCUCCUACGUGAACCGCCAGGCGUUCCGCGACGUUCCCUCCCUGGAGAGCCUCAUGCUGAACAACAACGCUCUCAACUCCCUCUACCAGGCCACCGUGGAGUCUCUCCCCAACCUCCGCGAGAUCAGCAUCCACAGUAACCCGCUGCGCUGCGACUGCGUCAUCCAGUGGAUGACCUCCAAUAAGACCAGCGUCCGCUUCACGCAGCCCCUGUCCAUGUUUUGCGCCAUGCCCCCCGAGGUCAGAGGUCAGCACGUCAAGGAGGUGCUGCUGCACGACUCGCCCGAGCAGUGCCUGCCCAUGAUCUCGCACGACACCUUCCCCAACCACCUCAACCUGGACAUCGGCGUGACCGUGGACCUGGACUGCCGCGCCAUGGCCGAGCCCGAGCCGGAGAUCUACUGGGUGACCCCGCUGGGCAGCAAGGUCAUGAUGGACACCGUCUCCCAGAAGUACCAGCUGAACAGCCAGGGAACGCUGCGCAUCUCCAACAUCCAGGUGGAGGACUCAGGCCGCUACACCUGCGUGGCGCAGAACGUGGAAGGGGCGGACACGCGGGUGACGGCGCUGCGCGUCAACGGCACCCUGAUGGACAGCGCACAGCUCAUGAAGAUCUACGUCAAGCACACCGAGUCGCACUCCAUCCUGGUCUCCUGGAAGGUCAACUCCAACGUGAUGACGUCCAACCUCAAGUGGUCCUCCGCCACCAUGAAAAUCGACAACCCGCACAUCACCUACACGGCCAAGGUGCCCGUGGACGUGCACGAGUACAACCUCACGCACCUGCAGCCUGCCACCGAGUACGAGGUGUGCCUGUCCGUCUCCAACAUUCACCAGCAGACGCAGAAGUCUUGCGUCAACGUCACCACCAAACACGCCGCCUUCGCCGUGCAGAUCUCCGACCAGGGCACCAACACGGCUCUGGCCGCUGUCAUGGGCUCCAUGUUUGCCGUCAUCAGCCUGGCCUCCAUCGCCGUGUAUAUUGCCAAGCGGUGGAAGAGGAAGAACUACCACCACUCACUGAAGAAGUACAUGCAGAAGACGUCUUCGAUCCCCCUGAACGAGUUGUACCCGCCAUUAAUCAACUUGUGGGAUGCCGACAACGAGAAAGAGAAGGACGGUGGUUCGGAGAACAAGCCCACCCAGGUGGACACGACGAGAAGCUAUUACAUGUGGUAAGGGGACAUGAAUGAACGAAAGCGUUUUUUCGAGCACAAAGACAUGUUUUAAGCUGAGUUGUGCGCAAAACGCAGGAGGUGGAGUUUGCUUCGUAUGUUUCAUUGGCAGGCAAGAGAAAGACUGACCAGAUGGACAUUUUAAGUACAAAAAAAUAUUGCCUUUCUUUCUUCCUUUCAUCCUCUCAUCCUUUUGACCCAGCUUCAGCAGCUUUGGUUAGCCUCCAUUUUAGUUGCUGUGCGGUUUCCACUCCCUUUUCUAUAGCACAGCAUAGUUUAUGUAAAGAAAUGACUUUGGAUCGACUAGUGCAUUAGCAGUAUAUUUGAUCCAAUAGGCAUUUGUCUUUGGAGAUAUUGAUAAAAGAAUGCAAUGUUUCUUUCUUUCUUUUGUAAAACAGUUAAACUGUUGUGCACUGAACUAUAUAAACAAUUUGUCUAUGGACUCCAAUGUAUAAGCUGACAAAGUGGAUCUAGACCUGAUACACCGUCUAUUGAAUAAUGUUAGCGAUUGUUCUGUAAUGUUGUAUCAACUAUAAUUUGAACUAUUUUGGACUUAAUCAAAAACCAUUAAUUUUUUAGGAGUUAUAUUUGAAGGUUUCAUUACUGUAAAGAAGCAAUAGAAACAUGAAUGUUAAAACUUUAGUUUAAGUGCUGUAGAUGACAAUGCUUUUUUAAUUAUUGAGAUGACUUUUUUUGCUAGACACUGUCAAUUAUCACUUAGUUUUGUUGUGAUUUACACACGCAAAAUAUGUUGUAUAUUAAGGCGCAAACAG